AGAAUGGACAAUUCUUCUCCAUUUUCAUUCUUCUUCAACUUCCUUCUCCUCUGUUUUCUCAUUCAUCAAUCUCAUUCCACAACUCCUCCUGUUGAUUCUUCUUCUUCUUCUUCAUCUCUUCCCGGCCGUUACUUCAAGUCCCUGCCUUCAUCUCUCUAUCAGAACGAAUCGUCCGAGUAUACUGAGGUCACGGUACCUCUCCAAUCCGACAAGUUCUCUCCUUCCUGCUCUCUCCUCCUUCUACAAGAAGAUUUUGGCAACACCUACGGCUCCCCACCGGUCACUGUCCCCUACUCUCCACCAUCCGAUUGCCCUGCUCCAUGGUCGCACGUCGUCCUCGAACUAAGCGCUUCCUGCCAUGGAGAACAGUAUGACCGUAUCGCCGGCGUUUGGCUCGACGGGGUUGAGAUUCUACGGACCAGCACCGCCGAGCCUACCGAUUCUGGAAUCUUCUGGAAGGUUAGGAAAGAUGUCACCAGAUACUCCUCUCUUCUCUCCCGCUACGAUCUCACCCUCUCAGUCAUGCUCGAGAAUAUCGUCAACGACGUCUUCACCGGUGUCUACCACGUUAACAUCUCUAUGCUUUAUUACGGGCAGAGCGGAGCACCAGAUUUGUUUUUCAACAGAAAAUUGAGACCUUUAAUUGAAGAGGGAACAUCGGGGUUGCGAUCCGAAGCGAGGAAAUUGAUGUUCAUAUCUGGUGAACCUGGUGGUAGAAGUAGAAGUAAAACGAAGGGGCAAGAAAACUCGGGGUUAGGGCUUUUAUCUGAUAAGCCUGCAGAUUUGAUAGUACCGAUAGCAAGCGAUGGCGACGAUGGGUUCUGGUUUCGAAUUGAGAAUGAAUUGGAUGUUCACUCGAAACGUAUCCAGAUUCCCCUGAAUACUUACAGAGCUGUUUUGGAGAUUUACGUUUCAUUUCAUGGAAAUGAUGAGUUCUGGUACUCGAACCCUCCCGACGAUUACAUCAAACUGAACAACUUGUCCACGGGUAGAGGUAAUGGAGCUUUCCGGGAGGUUUUUGCGACGAUCGAUGGUGUUCUUGUUGGGUCACAGACACUUUUUCCUGUCCUAUUUACCGGAGGAAUCAAUCCCUUGUUCUGGGAACCGGUUGUGGCAAUUGGGGCUUUCAAUCUGCCUUCGUAUGAUAUCGAUUUAACCCCAUUUCUUGGCCUGCUUUUGGAUGGAAAAGAUCAUUCUUUCGGUCUCGGAGUGACGAAUGGCAUUUCGUAUUGGCUUGUGGAUGCAAAUUUGCACAUUUGGUUAGAUCCCGAAUUGUCUACUGUACAGGCGAAGUCUGUUCAUUACAAGGCUCCUCCUCUGUCAUUGAAACGAAAGUCAAAAUUUCACAAACUUGAUGGAUCAUUCAAAGUUGAAUCGGAGAGAGAGACACAUUUCUCCGGUUGGGUGAGUUCGACUGAGGGGAACUUCACCACUCACGUCUUUCACGAAUACAAGGUAAAAAACUCAAUCAAGUUCAAGAGGAAUGGAACGUACAAGGAGGUUGAACAGAAAAUUAAAGCGAAGACGGAAGUUCGGUUGGAAUCUGAUGCAGAUGGCUUACUCACUCGAUCGAUCUUCAAAAGGAAGUACCCUCUGAAUAUCAUUACUUCGACUGUGCCAGCAAAAGAUAUCGAUACAUAUUUACUGAACACCAAUGUUUCUAAUGGGUUUGAGGAGGAAUUUUCUAUGGUGGAUUUCAAGAUCACUAUUUCUAACAUGCAAAAAUCAGGGGGAUGGAUGUUGGUCCAGGAUCAUUCUGUACUAUCUGGUGCAGCAGAGACUAACCAAACUCUCAGAUACAAAGAUGGUUUCAGUUGCUACUCUCGAACUGUGGCUGCGAACAAUGGCUUGCUUUUGGAAGACAAUACAAGCAUUGAUUGUAAUCUGGCCUCGUAAUUCCAGUACAGGAUCGGACUAC